GGCCCGCGCACUCGUGCAGCCGUUCGAAAAGGGGUGGCUGACGCCGGGCGCCAGGAGGCUCAGUUCCAUCUCGGACGCCGACUGACCCGGAGGAAGAGACGUUGCUGCGCCCCCGCCGACACAACCCAGCCCCUCGCGCUGACCGCCCCUCCGCCCCUGCCCCGGAGUCCCAAUGAGGUACAGCGGGCCUGCCAAACGACGCCGGGAGGCGGCCCCGGGACGCAUCCCGCCGCUGUGGGCCACGCGGCCCACGCCCGGGGGCCCGCUAUGGCCUCCGCGUUACCCCCCGUUGGGCUCGCCUUACUUCGUGCCUUUCCUGGGAGGAGGACCGCCCGAGGUGCAGGGAGCGUGCGUUGGGCCCAGCGCGCAGGCAGCCAAGAAAGACAAAGCGAAGAUCGUCCAGUUUGAGUGGAACGGGUGUACCUUCUACCGGUACAUCCCCGACGGCACCAAAGGAGCCGCGGCUGCCGCUGCCGCUGCGGCAGCCGCCGGCCGACACAUGGGCACUCCCGGCGAGCCGCCCAUCCCACCACCACCGUUCGUUCGGCCCAGGUCGUUCGAGUGGCACCAGCGCUCCUCCCGCUCCCAGAGUCGCCGAAGGAAGCAACAGCAAGUUUUCCCCCCGAGGGCCCCCGCACCACCGUGGACGCCGGGCCCACUUCCGCAAGACAGGCCCGGAAGCAGCAAGCAGUUCUCUGUCGCCUCGGCCGCCGCGGCAGCAGCCGCCAUGAGCGCCACCGGAGGCUGCGCAGGACCGUACCGGCCGAGGGAGCCGAAUCCGAGGAUUCCUCGCAAGGAGAACAAGACUCCUGCGAGCCACGUACACUUGCCACCUUUCCUGGCAACAACUUCGAGCAAGGCGGCGGCCAAGUCACCGUCGCCGACCACGGCCACUCACGUGCAAGGUCCACCCAGGGCCGCUGCGUUUAGAAACAAGGACUCCGCGGCAGCCGCCCCACUGCCGUUUUCACUCAGGGCGGCCUUCGGCGCUGACGACUGCUGCGCAUCGCCAGCCAUGUCGAAGAGAAAUGAGACACCCGGCAUGCUGUCUGGGACGAACCAAGCUUCCGGCGGCGGCGGCAAGCCCAGGAUGCCAGGUGGUGGAAACAUGACCGUGCGCCGGUCUCAAGACGUCGCUGUUCCGGAGUCUGACGUGCUGGGGGCUAAGCCCAAAAAGCCCCCACGCAUGAACAACAUGACAUUCACAAAGUCUCCGUCCGACCGAUCAGGAGGAAAUGUGCCAUUCAACAGCGGCAACAGCAAGGCGUUCGCCCGAGCGCCGCCAUUCAGGAACAGCCCCCGGGUGUACAGCUCAACGGUUCUCAAGGAGUUCAGCGCCACCAGCAAGCAGGACAGCGCUCGCGGGGCGGCGAGUGAUGGCAGGCCUAUUCUCUCGGUACCUAGGGAGUCUACCCCGAAGGAACAGCGUACUGCGCGGCAGGACCGCCGCGUGCGCUACAAGGCCGAAAUAGUCGGCACCAACAUCAUCGUAACUCGGGAAGAACCGAGUCCAGAGAAGAAGUCUGACAUGGGUCCUGCGGCCGCGGUGGCCACAGAUCAGAAGGCGACACUCCCGCAGACAUCUGGCGGCACCGGAGUUAAAAAAGUGGAACAAGGACCAUCGGCUCCGAAUGGCUCCACUGACACAACCAAGGCCGAACCAACCGGCUGGAAGGACCGUGAGGAGUCAGCCUUCCAAAGCCGAAUUCUGCACGCCGCUUUGCUACAUGGAACCAGCGUGGCCGAUGCGGAACGAUCUUCAGCAACCACUGACGCCUUUACUCAGCUAACCACUUUUGACAUCAAUGAACAGUUCGACCGUUUUCUUUCUCCGGGUCCUCGGUGUGUCAAACAAGAGAGCGCUGCAUCGUUGACUCAUCGGAAGUCGCCGUCGGGGGUAGAGUGGUGCGGCAAAUUGAGAAGCAUACCCGUCCAGACGGAUGAAAUGGAAGCCAGCACCUGCGAGCCAAAAGAAAAGCACGAGAACAAGCACGGAAAUGAAAUUCUGGAAACUGAUCAGCAAGAGCUGGUCGAAAAGAUGAAGAGUAAAGACAUCGAAGCCCAAAAGGAAGCCAAGCGUGAAGACAAUAUGCGGGAGCUUCUCUCUGAAGGCGAAAUCACUUCACCGGCAUCAUACGUGGAUGAACCCCACACAAGCAGCUCGGAGAUAUACCUAGACAGCCUGGUAUCUAACGGCACAUCUACGCCUUCGCCAAGCGAGGACGCGUUUCGCAAACCAGACUGCGACAAGACUUUGAACCCCGAAGGCGCGGUGGCUCUCCUCAAUGAGCUGGACGACUUCCUCAAAGAUUGUAGCCCCAUCAAGGGGGCACAGCAGCCCGCCGAAGAACAACCGGUUCGUAGGAGCUGCGGAUCCUCGACGCCUUUGUCGGAGGGAGCCUCGAGGAACUCCUGCCCAGAGUCAGCGGGUCGAGAGACUUCGUCUUCACCUUCGUCUUUAUCCAAAGGCGAAGGUUUCUCAGAUAUUUCGGAACCACGGUCGCCGUUGGCCAAGGACUUGCAAGUACCGGACAACGCGUCGCUCGCGAGCGAUGUGAUCCUUAUUAACUUCGCCGAGGAUACGACAACGCUCAAGGAACACCUGGACGGACUGGUGGCAGACUACAAGGCCAAGCAAGAGUCUGAUACUGUUAGUGGUACUGGCAUCGCGUUCUCUCCAGACGGCGAGGGAUGCCGCCCGCGAAGCGCCAGCAGCAACGGCGCCAACAACGUCCUCGAGAAGCACCCGGGAUCCUCCCCGACUCGCUCAAGUGCCCCAGUGCUCCUUCCUUCUGAUGUGUCGCCGCGAGAGCUGCUCAACAUGGCAUCAGAAGAGGCUCGCACAGCCGGUGGAGACUUCAGAAGCUCGUCGGUGGCCAAAGGACCGCGGCAUACCCAGAAGGACCGCGUCGGGGAAGCCUUGUCCGAGAGGGGUGACUCGUCAUUCAAGAUCACGCGCAAGUCUCCCGCUACUGGGACCAUCGAAAUUGGACGCCCCCGAUCCCUGGCCUCUUGCGACAGCUGCGGCGCCGUCUACUGCGGGUCCAUUAACAGCGAGAACUUUCCGCGCGUGUGCUCCUGCAAGACUCGGCACGGCGCCCGGGCCAAGGGCAGCAGGCCACUGAUCCCGGUCGAGAUUGAGGAAGCCCUCAAGGAAGAGUACAGGGACCCGGAGAUCGUGUCCUGCUUCGUCGAAGAGAAUGUCGAGUACCUGCUCGAGAGCGAGGACGAGGAGUACGAGCAGGUUGUGCGGCGCCGCUCGCUGACCGGUCGCAACCUUCUCGGUCGGCAGGCAAGCCACCACGAGAGAUCGGGCUCCGGCAGCGACGACCGCUCAGCGGCCGCCUCUCAGCGCUACCCCGAGAACAGCACGAGCUGGAACAAGAUCAAGGACGCGUCCGAGGCUUCGGUCAUCUCCGGCACCGAGAGGUGCGGCAGCGAGCCGACUACAGGCGGAGCCUCGCGCGCGCUUAUCUACGACUGUCCCUGGUGGACGUAUGAUCAGGGCGAGCACGACGGCGCCACCAAGGGCGACAGCAUCAGCACGGCCCUUGGCAGCUGCGACCAGGUCUCCGCCAACACCUCCGUAGCCGCCGCCGUCGCGGAGAUUGCCUCCAACGCGGCCGCCACGCUUCAUCCAUGGUCAACCACCCUCAGGGCUGCCGCGGCCGCGGCAGAGACCGGAAUCCACGGCGCCACCGCCAACGGUCCGGGUGCUGUCGGGGAGGUGCCGGCGGCAGCAGCGGCCGCCGCUUCGAGCAACAACCCUUGGGGGCCUUUCCUGGCGACCGCCCAGGCUAUCGUGGGACCCAAACGCGAAGUCGUGAUGUCGUCUGGAGACCACGAGACCACCGAUGAAGUCUCUUGCCGCUUGGCCCGCUCGGACGCGGACUUCACCACGCUCUACAUGGAAGGGCAGCCACGCAAACCGGCGCUCAAGCAGCGCUGGCCGGCGUCCGCCGAGCUGGGCGCUGCCGUGGGACCAGCCAGCCAGCAGCAGCGCGCCACGGGUGGCGACAGGGACUCGCUGUCCUUCUACGAGUUCCCGCUGAACGAUCAGCACGAGGCGCUGCCACCCCAGCAGCACUCGCUCAGCAUGGAGACACUCGUCGGGUCCAACAGGCUCGACGUCUCCUCGACGUCUUCGACGGGCGGCGGCACAGAGCGACGGCUGGCCGAGGGUGAGCCCAUGCCUCCUCCGCCCGCGGAUGCAAUUGACGGUAAAACGUCCGGCGGCGGCAGCGCCCAGAGUCCUGACGCCCAGUACUGCGAGCUGGAGCUGUACGCGCCGGUGAGCAAGAGCGGGCCGGCCGUGUGUACCGUCGUCGUGCCCGCGCACUCCAUGGCCGAAGGUGGGGACGGUGCUAAGGGCGAGGCCGUCCUGCUGGACACCGGACCGCGGCCUGCCACCCCGCCCGAAGACUCCGGCCUCUGCGGAGACAAGAAGAUCGCCGAGGCCAGCGCCAAGCCCAUGGGCAAGAUCCGCACGCGCUUCCGCGACUUCUUCUGGAAGCACAAGUGAUUGGCUCUGCUGUCCUCAGACUCGUGCUACACUGUCCCGGAGUCCAGCAUCGUGGCCACGGGCAAACAUCUUCGCCAGGUUUCCCAACCUCCCCUGGAGGGACACUUGACGAUGAGCAGUUCUAUAUUUUUUUUUUCAUUGCUCGCUCGUCUUUCUUUUUUUUUUUCUUCCUUUCUUUCUGGACAUUUUCCUGUGAGGUAGCCACUUUGUUCCCUUGUUUUUUCUACUCACAGGUGAAGUGGACAGUCCUACUUUUUUUCUGUCUGCGUCGCGCUUGACAUGUGACCUGGGAGCCUGUCAUUCUCCCCGUUUUUUCCUCGCGAUUCCCAGGCCAUGUAGUCUCACUUUUUGCUUGUUAAUCGCUAUCCUUCGGGACGAGCAUUUUUUUCGUUGCUUCUCAAGUCUUCAAAUUGAAGGUUCACGCAGAAGCUUAUGAUGGCUGGGUUGUUGGCAGUGAAAACGCUGGGAGCAGCGAACGGCAUCGCGAACUUUUCCUGUUGACAGUGAGAAGGAACUUUUUUUUUGCUAUAGGUGCUCGUUUCGCUGUUAGAAAGCACCUAUUCUUUGUUUCUGUUGAACUCUCUUGUUAAGCUCUGAUGAGCUGCGUCCCCAGUGUUGUGAAAAGAAUGUGAACCUCUUGUGCCAUGUAAGUCUUUUUUGGUACAAUAAAAGUUCACGAAAAGCA